AUGAACGAGAGCCUCGAAAGUAAAAUAACUUCGGGAUUUGCGAAAUUUGACACGAAAUUCGAACUCCUUGACGCGAAAUUCGGACUUUUCGAGCAAAACUUUGACCUCAAUAAUCAACAGUGGGAUUUUUUGGACAGUAAGUUUGAAGAAAAAUUCCGACAAAUUAAUGAAAAAUACAACGGAAUAAAAAAACAAAUUACAGCAAUAAACGAAGUUCUACCGUACCGCACCGCAGAUUUCUCGCGGUUUGGAGUUAUUUUGUUCUUAUUAUAA